CAAAAAAUGGUUCAUGAAGAAAAAUUUUUUGUUUGGCAGGAUUUUGAUGAAUCCUUGAAGGAAAGAGAUAAAUGUAUUCAAAUUGCUUUUGAUUAUACUUAUGCUGGCACAACAAAACGUGUUUACAUGAAAAGAUCUUAUUUGGAUGAUUUUGGUGGAACUAUAAGACGUUUACAAAUAAAAAUUAGAGAUAUGUUUAGUAAAAGACAGUCAACUUGUAUACGAGCAAUUACAGAAAAUGGAGAAUUUAAGAUAAAGGAGAAUCCGAUCAAUAUAACAAAUUUUGACACUUUCUUUGGCCCUGAACCUUAUACAAAAAUUGAACUUGACAAUAUUGAAUACAUAAUUGUUAGAGAUGUUCCAUGGCUAGACAAUUUCGAAAUAGCUUUAGAGCCUCUUAUUGGUUGCCCUUUGAUCCCAAGUAUUGAUUGGAAAAAAGAAGAUCCAAUUGCAAAAUAUCAUUGGUUUGUUGGUGACAAAAAUCCAAGAAACCUUAGAUUUUCAAAAGAUGACUCCAGUCAAUGUGGAAUUUCAAUAAAUGGCUACAAUUUUGUAGAAACAUUCCCUUAUUAUUGUCCAACAGAAGAAGAUUUAGAUAAAUAUGUUGCUGUUGUUGUUGAAUUUUCUGGUGAAGAAGAAAUUGGGAGAAUGGCAAUCUCCCCUGAACGUGUUAAAAGACCAACUGAGAAUACAGAUGAUUUGUUAAUUUUUGAAGAAAGACAGGAAAAAUUUUGUAGAGAAAAAUUGAAGGGAAACGAAUAUCGAAUUCUGAGCUAUAACGUCCUUGCCCAUCUUUACAUGAAAUCUUCUUUAACUAAAAAUGAGCAAAAAGAUCAAUAUUUUUCCUAUUGUCCAAAAGAAUUUCAAUUUGAUAGUUAUCGAUAUUCUUUGCUUCUUAAGGAAAUACAUGGUUACAAUGCAGACCUUUUAUUUCUCCAAGAGGUUGAUGUUCGCCUUCAAAGAAGAUUUUUGGUUCCAUUUUUAGAACUCAAGGGUUACACUUCAAUUUUUAAUUGUAAAGAAAAUCAAGUAAACGAAGGAUUAAUUAUUGCUAUUCGAGAUGAUAGACUUUACGAGGAUGGCAAUUACACAGCUAAAUUAAGUGGCCUAUUAAAAAAGCGAUCAAAUUCAGACAUUAUGGAAUUUUUAAAAAAUAAACCCAAAUCUUACGAAGUAAUUAGUUCUAGGCCUUCAAUAAUUCAGAUUGUCCAUCUCCGUUCUGUUGACGACACAAAUGUUCAAAUACUUGCAGCAAAUACUCAUUUACAUUAUGAUCCAUUAUUUGAAGAUGUUAAACAUUUACAAGCAGUUUUGUGUGUUCGAUAUAUUAAUGAUAUAAUUCGAGAAAUAAGAAAAGUUCAAAAAAAUUGCAAAAUUCAAGUUAUUUUUGCUGGUGAUUUUAAUUUUGUACCAACUAGUAGAGCAGCAAAAGUAUUAAGAAAUGAUUUAGAUUUGAUUAAUAAUAAAGAAGAAAAUAUUAAAAGAGAAGAAGACAAUAAAAAUUCAACAAAAACUUUAAACGAGCAACAACAACUUUCUUUCUUUUUGUUAAUUAAUUGGGUUUUUUGGACACUUUUUGGAAAUCUUUUUGGUGCAAAUUGGUUGCCCAAACCUUUAGAAGACAAUAAUAUUGAGAAAAUUAAAGUGCCUUUCAAAUUUCAAUGUGCCACAGGUUUUCCUCCUUACACAAAUUUUACACGUGCUGAAGGUUUUACUAAAGAUGCAUUUGUUGGCUGUUUAGAUUAUAUUUGGGCAUUUCCAGAAACAAAAGUUUUGAAAGUUAUACCCUUUCCUGAUCAUGAAUUAGUCACAAAAUAUGGAGCGAUUCCAUCAAGAAUUGCACCAAGCGAUCAUUUACCUAUUAUUUGUGAAAUAUGUAUUGAAGAAAAAAACAAGAGUAAUCUCACUUAAAAUUUUUAAUUUUCCCCUUCCCUUAUUUUUUUUUUAUUUUUAUAUUUAUUUUAAUAUUAUUCAUGUUAAUUUCUUUUUUCGAAAAUAAAGCUUUUGAGAAACAAAAUUAUUUUUUAGAAGAUUUUUAUUAAAAAAGGCAAAAAUUAUGUGUUUUUUGAAAUCACUGGGUAAAAUUUUUUUGUUGACAUGGAGGGGAUUCGAAAAGUUUUUUUGGUUAUAUAUAGUAGGGACAAAUACAUACCCGUCUAAAAUCUAUUUCUUUAAUUUUUCUCUUUUUUAUAUAAAUCAGUGU